GAAUGAUUCCUUAUAAUAUUGCCUAGCGGAAGCAUAUAAUACACUGUUUUGAAAACUAAUGGCUUUAUUAUGUUUGAUCAAUUAUUGACUAAUGCUUUGUUGUUCAAUUAAAAGGCAAUCAUGAGAAUUAUUUUGGGUUGCAAGAUUGUGAAAAAGCCAUUUGACUUAUUCGACUCUAUUGCAAAAAAAACAUUUUUUAUGUAAGUAAUCACAUUGGUGUUGUAGUGAUACCUAUUUGUUAUAUAUUCCUUAUUCACUUGAUGUGUCUUGCAAAAUGUAUGGGAUUAUACAACACUUAUUUUUAAAGGCUGACUUCACCAAGUUGUUUUUUUCUUGAACUCGGAGGCAUACAUCUGUAUUAUACAGUAGCACUUACAUACACACAACUUUCAAGUGUUUUUCCCAUAUUUCUUUUACAGAGGAGUUUGUUCAUUUAUCCAAUACUUUCCAAAUCCAAAAAGUAAUGUUUACAUGGCUGUUGAAAGUAUUUUCUGAUAUAUGAUACAAAGAGUUCCUUCUAUAAUAUCCUUUCACAUAUAUGUCAACAAAACAAAACAAGAGUUUGGACCUGGCUCUAUCCAAUGUUACCUAAAUAUAUCCUGGCAACUAAUUUCCUAAUUAACAGCUGAUCUAUGUGCACAAGUAACAGUUCAAGGUUCAGCUGCUUUGUUAUUACACAAUAUAGGAAUUAGAGUUUCUGCUUUAGCCCAAUCCAGCCUACGCAGAUCAAAUGAAACAAACACAACUAAGAAACCAUACAAAUGUACAAAAUAAAAUAUACCGUUUUGUAUAUGUAACAUCACUGCAAUAUAUAGGCCCUAUAUCAGAGUUUUGUUGCAAAUAAUUGAGGUUGUCACGUUGAUGAGUGAAGGGAGUGUUGCGGUUAAUGAUUUAUAUACCAUUUAUCAAUUAGUUUCAGCUUAUAAACCCUUAUUAAAGUGCACUGUACUAGAGAGCAGUAGUCUACCCUACUGCAUGAACGAUUAAAUGUAACAUGAAAAUAUUAACCUGGAUAAAGGGCUGUUGUGACAAGGCAGCCAUGCACAUAUUAACACACGCAUUAUUACAAUUAUUAAGCAUUAUGACUCUAAUGAAAUGGUAGUGCCAGAGGGCUGCGGGAAUGAAAAAGUGAAAGAGAGAUAGUGAACGUGCCUCUGUGACUAACAUAGCAACAGUACUGCAUGACCACAGGUGCACUGUGACAGCUGGGUCCAUUUCACAGGCUGGUUUUAGAGCUCCAUUGGCCGAAAAAGUAAUCAAUCCUGGGAGCAGAUCCGCCCAUUGUCCCUGUCGCGGCACGGGAAAAAUCCUUUGAAGUCAUGUGGGCGUUGCCAAGCAAAUUAUGCCAUGUGGUGCUCAAGAGCAGGGUUCUUAUUGGACCACAGUAACACAGGAAACGCCCAUUCCUGAAGUAUACUCUCUCUGAUUGGCUAACUUGGCCACCCCAGAUUCGCCAUUUGCGCGUUCACAGUUGCUCUAUUCUCCGUCGCAGUUUACGUCAACAGCGUGAACCUCCUUCUGUGACAGCGGAGCAAGCCCUGUAACCUUUUACGGAAAUGGCGUAGCAAACGUGCGCAACGACAAAGACAGCGAGCCGAAACCUAUGGGGAAGGAAUAAAAAAAGAAAUUCAGUAUCGUCGCACUCUGUACCUAAGGACCAUCAUUUUCUGAAGAGGUAGCUGCCCCGGAGCCUCGGUGAAGACACCGAAAUUUGACGACAACGAGGGCGGAUUUUAAAUAGGCACUGAGCCUUUGAUUUCGUAGAGAGAGACUGUUGCAACUGGCAGAUUUUCCGUUGGACGGUCUAGUGAGGGAGCCGCCAUGGCAGUCGGAUCAUUGAGCCUCCACAUCGGGAUAUGAAUAGGAACUGCAUGUGUCCCGAAUAGUCAAGAAAACGCUGCAUACCCUUUGAUCCUCACAGGAUCAGCUAUCCUAACAACUGAUCUCACCCUUCCUCAUCUUUGUGAAAGUGGUUUUGCACCCAGAAAGAAAACGCUAUUGGUUUUAAUCGGGGGGCCACAGGGAGAGGCCAGAUUCAUGACUAUUUUAGUCGGAGACGUUUCUUCAGAGGCCCGCUGAGAGAAAAACCUGGAAUAUAAGGAAGAAAUGCUGCUCUGAUUGACCAUAGGUGGGCAAGAAAGGGUAGUUUUUAGGGAGAAACAGACUACAGUGAAGCAUAAAGGGGUCGCUUUCUGCCUAUCUUCCCUGUGAAUUUCUUUUACUGUCAUCCUUUUUGGAUGAGAAGGUCCGGCAAAAUCAAUCAGCCCAGCCGUAUAGCCAGUCACAGUCUCCGAGCAGAGAGAGAACCAGAGGGAUUCGAUCAUGUCGGGUCGGCCUAGGACCACAUCCUUCGCGGAGAGCUGCAAACCAGUGCCGCAGCCCUCGGCUUUCGGCAGCAUGAAAGUCAGCAGGGAUAAAGAUGGCAGCAAGGUAACAACAGUCGUGGCCACUCCUGGUCAAGGCCCUGACCGGCCACAGGAAGUGAGCUACACGGACACGAAGGUCAUCGGCAACGGCUCGUUCGGCGUGGUCUACCAGGCCAAACUCUGCGACUCCGGAGAGAUGGUGGCCAUCAAGAAGGUCCUGCAAGACAAGAGGUUUAAGAAUCGGGAGCUGCAGAUCAUGAGGAAGUUGGACCACUGCAACAUAGUCCGCCUGCGCUACUUCUUCUACUCCAGUGGAGACAAGAAAGAUGAGGUGUAUCUGAAUUUGGUUCUGGAUUACGUUCCUGAGACUGUCUACAGAGUGGCCCGACACUACAGCCGAGCCAAACAGACCCUGCCCAUGGUUUAUGUCAAGUUGUACAUGUACCAGCUGUUCAGGAGCCUGGCCUACAUCCAUUCGUUUGGGAUCUGUCAUCGGGACAUCAAGCCCCAAAAUCUGCUGCUGGAUCCAGAGACCGCUGUGCUCAAGCUCUGCGACUUUGGCAGUGCCAAGCAGCUGGUCCGCGGGGAGCCUAAUGUGUCCUACAUCUGCUCUCGCUACUAUCGAGCACCUGAGCUCAUCUUCGGUGCCACUGACUACACCUCCAGCAUAGAUGUGUGGUCAGCUGGGUGCGUGCUAGCAGAGCUGUUGCUAGGACAACCAAUCUUCCCCGGUGACAGUGGAGUGGAUCAGUUGGUUGAAAUUAUAAAGGUUCUCGGCACCCCGACCCGAGAGCAGAUCCGGGAGAUGAACCCCAACUACACUGAGUUCAAGUUCCCCCAGAUUAAGGCACAUCCUUGGACUAAGGUGAGUCAACAGGUGUUCCGGCCGCGCACGCCUCCCGAGGCCAUCGCCCUGUGCUCUCGCCUGCUGGAGUACACCCCCACCGCCCGCCUCACCCCUCUAGAGGCCUGCGCCCACUCUUUCUUUGACGAGCUGCGCGACCCCAACGUCAAACUGCCCAACGGGAGAGAGAAGCCCUCCCUCUUCAAUUUCACCACCCAGGAGUUAUCCAGUAAUCCCUCUCUGGCCUCCAUACUCAUCCCAGCCCACGCCCGCAGCCAAGCAGCCGCCUCCACCCCCACCAACACCUCUGCCACCACAGAUGGCAGCAGCACAGAGCGAGGCCCCAGCACCACCACCGCCUCCGCCUCGGCAUCCAACUCAACCUCCUGAGCCCUCAGACGCCCCGGCCUCAGCCCCCGCCCUCGGCCUCUCUAUCGCCCCGGCCAGGGCGUGAUCUCCGCUCAGCUCCGCCCCGCUCUCCCCCCCGAUAGCAGCGGAGCGAUGCUGACGCAGUCCGGGUUCAACAGCUAGCCCACAGCCCCAUGCCUAAACCACAAACCAAGCCCCCCUAAUCCCUGAUCUUUUGUCCCUGACUGGCCCUUCAUCCAGCUGUUUGAACUCUACUCCAUCCUCCCUCAAAGACGUCUCUCCGUGCCCUCUCGACGGGGAAGCAAAGCGCAGGGCCAGAGGUGUUGUCGACUGUACUCUUGUUAAAGUACACUGUACAUGUAUACACAAUGCUAGCCUGCUAAUGUUUGUAAGAGGACAAUCUGUAGAAAAAGUCCUAAGCUGUUCCCCCUCUCCGGCCUUCCCCCUUCGUCCUCCUCGUCCCAUUUUUCUGCAUCCUUUGACCUCUGACCCCGAUGUGUCCCCUGGCCGACCCCCCCCUUGGUUCCUCCUGUAGUGCAUGGCCUGAGUAUGGUUAGGAUCUCCCGGGGGUCUCCACACCCUCUCACUUCUCAACUCCACUUCUGCAGACAAGGCAUGAGGCUCACGCACGGGUAUACACACAUACACACUCACAAACACACACAUACACACACACACACACACACACACACACACACACACACACACACACACACACACACACACACACACACACACACACACACACACACACGGGUGCAUGAUGAUCCUGAUGUAUGUGGAAAGACGCAGUCCACCUGUGGGGGUAACGUUUGGACAGGUUUUUUUUAUCGUUUUUUUUCCGUUGCCUAGGGUUGUUUUUAAAUGGUCUGAAAAGCUGUUUUACGCGACCUUGUUUUAAAUUGUUUUGUACUCCUGGGCAGAUGUUUUUGGAUUGCCAUGUGCGAUGGAUGUGACAUGUAUCUGGUCCUGUGUGCUUGUAUAAUAUAUACAUACAAAACAAACUUGCAUACAUACACAGUUUAUAUAUUACUUUUCCUUAUGUAUAAAAAGUAUAUAUAGAUAUAUGUAUAUUAACUACGAUGGUUCAGAAAUCAUUUAUGGUGAGCUCAUAUCUGGCAGAGCAGUGGCAAUAUUUGCUGCUGCCUAAAGACAAUAGACCUAGAUGAGGUGGUGUUUUUGUUUUCUUUGCUGGAGUGUUGUUAGAUUCCAGCUGUCUGCCCUGUGUUGUCUGUAUUAAGGCCGUCGAUGGAUUUAGGGCAUUGCUCUAUUCCUUGUCUUUGUACCGACUGUCUGUAACAGUGUUUCUGUCACAGUGCAGUUUCUAGACGAACAUCUUCCCCCCCGUCCUUUUUCUCUCAGUCUCUGUGAAAAAUUCACGGUGUUUCUCAUCACUCUUCUUUCUGGUGUCGGUCCCCUCACCUCUGACUGUCUCCUGUUCUGUGACCACUGACUGAAGUGUUAGCCUUCUCCCCCCCCCCCCCUCGCCGCACAUAGAGCCCCUCGGUACAGUCUGUCCAAGCGUCUUAUUUACAGACAAUACUCACUACAUUUAAAAAAGAAGAAAAAAAGAAAAAAAAGAAAGAAAAGCAGAAUUUGUAUAUACAGUAUAAAUGCUCCUCACCAAAAUUCUGAUUUUUUUUAUGUUUAUUCUUUUUUGUUCAUGUUGUGUUCAAGGUAUGUAUGUAUGCAGACCCAUGUACUGUUUAUGAGCAAAAACAAAGAUGAUAAAAGGUAGGGAAAGAAGAAAUGAAAGGAAAAAAAGAUUAAAAAAAUGAAUCAGGGCAAAACUGAUGUUUAUGGAUAUUGUUGAUGAUGAUGAUCAACUUUAUCCAGCCAUAUGUUCAAUCUUACCUGUACAGUACAGUAGAUGACAGCUGUAUUAUUGUAACACCAACUAGUCAUGUAUAGUGUAACUAUAGUUUGGAGUGCCUUUGCUUUCAUACAUCUUCGCCUUGUUUCCCCUCUCACCCGCCUCCCCCUUCCAUCACCCACUCCCCCCACCGACUUGGACUCUCCCUUUGGUGCUGUUGAAUGUCCUGCAACACACACACACACACACACACACACACACACGAUUUUCAGUCCCCUCCCCCCUCUUCCCAUUUUUCAUUGCACACUUAAUGUAAUAUACAGACAUUGUUAAUUAUUGUAAGGAUUAUUUUUUUCCUUAACUGAAGAUACGAGUAGUGUUUAUUUUAAUAGAUGUUUUAUCUUGGACACACACAGCACAAACUUGUAUACCACAGUCCUGGCACAGGCUCCGGGGCUUGAAGUGGGUUUGGGGGAUGGCAGCGGGGGUUAAAAAAGGCCUCGUAUACUGUAGUCAAUACAGUAUAGUUUCUGUGUAACUCACAGUGUUGGUUCUGUUACCAAAAGCCAAACUAAGAUGUAGUUGUGAUGAGGCAGUUAUGUACGUACUCUGUCUCCUGGAUCUUUUUUUGUCCUUUUUGCUUGUUCUCCUUCCUGUCUGCGCACUUCAGUAGCACCUAAGGCAUCGAGUCAUGUAGCCUCUCUCCUGUCUCCUGCUUGCUGUAAUUUUGCAUUCAUGAACGUGUUGCUCCCCUCCACAAGAAAGAUUGAACACCUCACCCUACCCCCUAACUCCAGUUCAAUAAAAACACCACAAAGGUUACCAAAAAAUAAGUGUAUAUACUAGUAUAAAAUAUUAUGCUGGCAUAUACACACGUUUAACAUGUUAACUGGGUUUAAAGAAAAAGAGUACCACACAACAUCCUGUAUAACAGUACUACUACUUGAAUGCCUCCGUUUGUGACUGAAACUUUGAUUUCAUUUUUUUGUUUUGUUCUGUGAAGGUAUGCUAAAUGUGCACCUCUGUAAAUAUUCCCUCUGCGUGCUCUGAGGAAUAGUUCCCUGGUACUGUAAUUUGCAUUAAAUAAAGAGUAGGAUAGCCUGGAAAUGAUCAA